GCCACCUCUGUGGUAUAAAACUUGCGGUCUGUCAAUUUUUGGCUAGGGCAGCCGUAGAGAGAGAGAGAGUAAAAGAGGAGAGAGAAAGAGAAGCGAUGGUGUCGUUGAAGCUUCAGAAGCGGCUCUCCGCGAGCGUGCUCAAGUGCGGCAAAGGGAAGGUCUGGCUUGACCCUAAUGAGGUCAAUGAAAUCUCCAUGGCCAACUCAAGGCAAAACAUCCGUAAGCUGGUCAAGGAUGGUUUCAUUAUCAGAAAGCCAACAAAGAUCCACUCUCGUUCCCGUGCCCGCAGAAUGAAGGAGGCCAAGAGGAAGGGUCGCCACUCAGGAUAUGGUAAGCGCAAGGGUACCAGAGAGGCUAGGUUGCCAACCAAAGUCCUCUGGAUGAGGAGAAUGCGUGUGCUGAGGCGCUUGCUCCGAAAGUACCGUGAGUCCAAGAAAAUUGACCGUCAUAUGUACCAUGACAUGUACAUGAAGGUCAAGGGUAAUGUGUUCAAGAACAAGAGAGUGCUGAUGGAGAGUAUCCACAAGUCAAAGGCUGAGAAGGCAAGAGAGAAGACUCUGUCGGACCAGUUUGAGGCUAAGCGUGCCAAGAACAAGGCUAGCCGAGAGAGAAAGCUGGCUCGUAGGGAGGAGCGAUUGGCACAAGGACCCGGAGAAAAGGCACCCACGGCACCUGGUUCCCAACCAGCUGAGGGCGCCAAGAAGGCCAAGAAGUGAACUAGUGAGACAUCUCUGCAAUGAGCACUGAAGAACAGAAGCCGUACAUGUUAACGCUCUUUAUUUUUUAUGUAGAAGUCAUUUUGCCUGAGUUGUUUUCUUUUUCUGUUUUAUGGCAUAGUUAUCCAUACAGACCAUCAAACUUAAUGAUGUUCAGUAAUUUUGUUUUCUUAAGUUUUGGAUUAUGUCUUUGUGAGAUUCAGAAAUAUGGGUUCUAUUUAUGGCAUGCUAAUUGAGACCA